CGGGCGGGCGGCGGGGGCCCGCGGGAGCUGUCCCUGGAGGAGGUGCUGAAGUGCUACGAGCAGCCGCUGAACGAGGAGCAGGCGUGGGCGCUGUGCUUCCAGGGCUGCCGUGCCGCCGCCGCCGCCGCCGCCCCCUCCGCCGCUCCGCUCCGCACCUCCGACAUCCGCCUCCGCGGAGACGGCAGCGUCGCGCUUCCACCCCCGCCGGCCGAGCUGCCCCUGCUGCUGACACCUGCUGCUGAAGCACAGAUGGUGCAGUCCUUGGGCUUUGCCAUCUACCGGGCACUGGACUGGGGGCUGGAUGAGAACGAGGAGCGGGAGCUGAGCCCACAGCUGGAGCAGCUCAUCGACCUGAUGACCAACAGCGACUCAGAGGACAGCGGCUGCGGCACGGCUGACGAGGGCUAUGGGGGGCAGGAGGAGGAGGAGGAGAGUGGCGAGGGGCCACUGCGGGCAGUGCGCACCUUCGGGCAGGCCAUGCGGUGCUGCGCCGCGCGCCUCGCCGACCCCAACGAAGCCCAGGCUCACUACCAGGCUGUUUGCCGGGCGCUCUUCGCUGAAACUGUGGAGCUCAAAGCUUUCCUGGCCAAGAUCCGUGAUGCCAAGGAGAUGCUGCAGAAGCUGAAGGAGGAUGAGGAGGCGGAGGAGAGGCCGGCGGCGGAGCUGGGCAGCCUGCGUAACACAGACUGGGCCCGGCUGUGGGUGCAGCUGAUGCGGGAGCUGCGGCACGGCGUCAAGCUGAAGAAGGUACAGGAGAAGCAGUUCAACCCACUGCCCACCGAGUACCAGCUGACCCCCUUCGAGAUGCUCAUGCAGGACAUCCGGGCGCGCAACUACAAGCUGCGCAAGGUCAUGGUGGAUGGGGAUAUCCCACCACGGGUGAAGAAGGAUGCCCACGAGCUCAUCCUGGACUUCAUCCGCUCCCGGCCCCCUCUCAAGCAGGCCUCAGAGCGGCGGCUGCGGCCACUGCCCCAGAAGCAGAGGACGCUGCACGAGAAGAUCUUGGAGGAGAUCAAGCAGGAGAGGAAGCUCCGGCCCGUGGAAACAUCAUACCGGGGCCAGAAAGGGUACAGCUCGCUGCCCUGCAUCCCGCAUGCCUGCUCCAGCCACCUCACCUCCAGCUCCUGCAUUGAUCUCUCCAUGCCCGAGGCCAGCACCAUGCCAGCACGCCCACGGCCCCGCGUCCUGCUCAAGGCACCCACUCUGGCUGAGAUGGAGGAGAUGAGCAUCUCUGAGGAGGAGGACUCGCCAAGCACAGAGUCUGUCUCGGGGCUGUCCAUGAAGCGGGACCGCUCCUUCUCAGAGCAGGACUUAGCCCAGUUCCGGAGCGAGCUUGGUGGUGGCCAUGCAGCACCCGAGGUGCCAGGGUCACUGGAUCCUGAGCCCCGGCCCCGAUCAGGCUCUGUCCCCGCCAGCUACCACCCAGUGCCGUAUGGCUCCGUGCCACACACUGCCCUGGGCCCCGUGGAGGAGAGGCCGGAGGACGGCUCCAGCACUGCACCCAGCAGCAGCAGCUCCAAGCACCUCUGGCUGGAGUUCAGCCACCCUGUGGAGAGCCUGGCCCUCACCGUGGAGGAGAUGAUCAACGUACGUAGGGUGCUGGUCAAGGCUGAGAUGGAGAAGUUCCUACAGAGCAAGGAGCUCUACAAUAGCCUGAAGAAGGGCAAGGUCUGCUGCUGCUGCCGCGCCAAAUUCCCCCUCUUCUCCUGGCCUGCAGCCUGCCUCUUCUGCAAGCGGUCUGUCUGCUCCUCCUGCAGCCUGAAGAUGAAGAUGCCUUCCAAGAAGCUAGCUCACAUCCCCGUCUACGCACUGGGCUUCGAGAGCCUCCCAGGCUCACUGCUGGCCAAAGCUCUGCCACUGCGCAAGAGGGAAACCUUCCACUCGCUGCCAGGUCCAGGCUGGCGUCGGGUGGAGGAGGAGUUCCCCCACAUCUACGCACAGGGCUCCGUGCUCCGCGACGUCUGCAGUGACUGCACCGGCUUCGUGGCCGACGUCAUCUGCUCCAGCCGCCGCAGCGUGGCCGUCCUCAACGCCGCGCCCCGCCGCCCCGCUGCCCCGCGCUCCCUGCGCUGCAGCUCCUGGCACGAGUGAGGGCCCGGCGCCCACCCCGCCCGGAUGUACAUAUAUACAUAGGAUGUAUACAUACAGCCUCUAUAUUUAUAUACCUUACGGACAUUAUGGACCAUGGAACGUGGUGCUCCGUGGCUCCCAGCACACGUCCCUGUGGCACCCUCCUGGCCCCGCUGCUGGCGGGGCGCUGGCACGGCCCUCAGGGACAGGGAGGGGGCCUCUCUGGGGCACUCUUCGCCCCCCCGUCCUCCCGGUCCCAUUUCUGUGCCAAGCCCUGGAAGGACUGGGAUGCCUUAUUGCCCCAUGUUGGUGUCAUGGCCCCAUGGGUGGCACAGUCACACUGUACAUACCGGCCCCCUGCCAAUAAACCAUUCUGGGCUGCCC